GCAAAACACAGGCUUCACUUUCAUUUCUGCUGAAGGGGAGAGGGACCCCAGAAGGGGCGGGGCCUCAGCAGAAGCCCCGCCCCCUCAUCGCACUUCAUCUACAUAAGGGGCGGGGCCAGGCAGAGGCCAGUUCCUAAGACCGGUGGAAGGCUGUUGCUGAGGGAAAAGGAGAGGCAUUCCAUUCGGGGAAGCCAAAGAUGGCCCAGCUUCCGGUGAAGAAAAAACGCCAGCCGCCCGCCAGCCUUCCAGCAAGCCUACAGCAUUGUGUGCGUUUCCCUGGAGUGGUCCUCUGCCUGGUAGAGAAGAAGAUGGGCCUUAGCCGUAAGGCUUUCCUUGUCUCUUUGGCCCAACGCAAGGGCUUCUGCGUGGAGGAGGCCAGCAGUGAGAGAGUGACCCAUGUUGUGUCGGAGAACAACUCGGGCAACGAGGUGAUUGAGUGGUUGAAGCGGAAGGGGAGCCCUUUCCUGGAUGCUAUCGGACAUGGCAUAGCGCUGCUAGAUCUCAGCUGGUUCACAGAGAGCAUGAGCGCGGGGCAGCCCGUGGAGAUCGAACCCAGGCACCGACUGCAGGUGGCUGCCCAUGCAAAGGAGCUCGAGGGCCAAUGCCAGGUGGCGACCUAUGCCUGCCAGCGCCGGACUCCACUGGAGCACAACCAUCAAAUGCUUACAGAAGCUCUGGAAACCCUUGCAGAAGAAGCGCACUUCUGCGGCAGCGAAGGGCGCUGUCUGGCCUUUUCCAGGGCUGCCUCUGUGCUCAAGUCUUUACCUUGGACUGUCAGAAAAAUUCAGGAUUUGAAUUCUCUUCCCUGCAUCGGAGAGCAUUCAAGGAGAGUCAUCCAGGAGGUCUUGGAAGAUGGUGAGUCUGCAGAGGUGGAGAGGAUCAGACGAUCUGAGAGAUAUCAAACUAUGAAGCUUUUCACAAAGAUCUUUGGCGUUGGAGUGAAGACUGCCAGCCGGUGGUAUCAGGAAGGGCUGAGGACGCUGGCUGACCUGCAGGCACAUCACACGAAGCUCAGCAAGGAGCAGCAGGCUGGUCUACUUCAUUAUGAGGACCUCAGUACACCAGUGACGUUCUCAGAGGCGGAGACCAUUGGCCAGUUGGUGCGAGAAGUGGUAGAGCAGUGCUUGCCUGGUGCCUCUGUGACUCUUACUGGUGGUUUUAGAAGGGGGAAGCAAAGUGGUCAUGAUGUGGACUUGCUCCUCACGCACCCCAUGGACGGCCAAGAGGUUGGACUGUUGGGCAAAGUCAUUGGCCAGAUGGACAGGCAGGGCUUCUUGCUGUAUCACAGCAUCCACAGAAGCUCUUUCCAAUCCUUUGAAGAUGAAGCUCAGGAAAUCAGAGACAGCACAACGGCCAUGGAUCACUUUGAACGAUGCUUCUCCAUUUUCCGCCUUGGCUGCUUCCCUGGAGGCAUUCCUAGAAGUGCUUCUGAAGCCCAGCGACUGAACAAUGCAGUACAGGUUUCUGGAACACCUGGUUCCUGGAAAGCCAUAAGGGUGGACUUAGUUGUGACUCCAUGCAGUCAGUUUCCCUUUGCUUUGCUUGGCUGGACUGGCUCACGGAAUUUUGAGCGAGACCUCCGCCGUUUCUCAAAGCACGAGAAGAAGAUGGUCCUCAACAGCCAUGCUCUCUAUGACAAAGGAAAGAGAACAUUUUUGACCGCGGCCUCUGAGGAAGAGAUCUUCAAGCAUUUAGAUUUGGAAUAUAUUCCUCCAGAAGAGAGAAAUGCCUGAUGCUUGCUUCGAAAAGAAACUUCUUGGCAUUCAUUGUAUUCACUACUUCAAACAAAUGGGGAAAAAUCAGACCGGUGGCUUCCUUGUACCAACAUGGAUUGUGUGCACCCCUUUGUGAAUUUCUUGGAUUCACUUCUUGCAGUCACUAAAUAAUUUUUUGCACUGAUUCCUAAACAAGUGGGUUGAAACAGAGGUUAUGGUGUGCAAUCUAUUCCUCAAUGAUGUUUGCAUUGCUUACAGAAGUAAAAAACAAACAAACAAAAAAAACAAAACACCUUUUCCGCAUAUCUUCUCUAUGUUUUCUGUCUGGAUUUUUUUCUGCCUGAUGGCUUCCUUUUUUGCUAUGAUGGCGAAGCCGCUUCAGAUGCUGUUGUACAUGUUGAAGUAAGCCAGGACAAAGGGGUAAGGCGGGAAGAGAAUGGAUUUAUUUAUAUAUUUAUUUAUUGUGUCAGAAGCAAGUUGAGGGUACAGUUAACCUGCAUUUAAAAACACAAAGUUAUUUUUAAGAACUUGGCAUGAUGCUAAAGUAUUUUUCACACAUACUGCUCUCGAGCCAGGCCUUGUCCGCCAUUCUGUAUCUUUGCAUUUGGUUUUUUUCUGCCUAAGUGGAGUAUCUUGCAUUUGUCCCUGUUGAACUUCAUUUUGUUAGUUUUGGACCAUUUGAAGCUUCCGAACAGUCUUCAAAGGCAACCCCACAUAGAGUGUGUUGCAGUAGUCUAUACAGGAUGUAAC